AUCAAUACACGAUGCCUACCUAUGCCAUCCUCGGCUCCACGGGCAACUGUGGCACCGCCUUGAUCCAGAACCUCCUCAGAUCACCUGACAACAAAAUCCAUGCCUACUGCCGCAAUGUUGCAAAACUGCACAGAUUGAUUCCCGAGGUCAUUGAAAACAAAAAUGUCCAAGUCUUUGCCGGGAGCAUCACCGAUGUCGACCUCAUGGAAGAGUGUGUGCGCGGCACCGACGCCAUCUUCAUGGUGGCCACGACCAACGACAACCUUCCUGGAUGUUGUGUCAGCCAGGAUAGUGCCGCCACAGCCAUUGCCGCACUGAAGAACAUCAAGGCGAAAGCAUUGCCUGGCUACAAGCUGCCUACACUUGUCCUUCUCAGCUCGGCCACGCUUGAUCCCUACCUGAGCCGCAACAUGCCCUCGUGGUUUCGCCCAAUCAUGCGCACCGCUGCAUCCCAUGUCUACGGAGACCUGAUACUUGCCGAAAAGAUGAUGCGUGCCGAGUCGUCGUGGCUGCCCUCCAUCUUCAUCAAGCCUGCUGGUCUUUCUCCCGACAUUUCACGAGGGCACCGCUUGACACUAGACGAGGAAGAAAGCUUUAUCAGCUACCUCGACCUCUCGGCAGGCAUGAUAGAGGCUGUGCAGGAUCCCGAGGGCCGCUAUCAUGCGAGGAAUGUUGGCGUCGUCAAUGCAAAGAGAGGUGUUGGCGCCAGGUUCCCAUCAGGUACCCCCAUGUGUAUCUUGAUGGGAUUGAUGAGGCACUUCUUCCCAUGGAUGCAUCCUUAUUUGCCCAGUACUGGUCCUACUUAGAAAUACAUUUCAAUUUUUCUUGUUCAAGUGGAAGCGGGUAUCAAAAGAUAAUAAUGGUCCUUGAAUUAAACAUGCUCAUACUUGCUAUCUGGUUCACAAACUCC